AUGAUUUUUUUCUCUAUCGUCUGUUAUUUUCUUGCUACUUUUGGUGUGGUCAACGGUGAUUGUGCUCCAGGAGAUGUGAAGAAUACACAAGAAAAUUGUGUUCAUGUUGAGAAUUUAGCUUCAACUUGGCAAGAAGCGGAAAACUUCUGUGUUGCCCAUAAUGGACAUUUGGCUUCAGUCCACAAUGCUUUCGAUAUGACAUCGUUGAGAAAAGUUGCUGGAAUUUGCACUAACUUUUGGUUAGGAGGUCAAUGUCAGGCAGGAAGCAAUUGUAAAUGGGUUGAUGGAACAGAUUUCGAUUAUAAAAACUUCAGAAACGGAAAUCAAGGAUCAGAUAAUUGUGUGGUUGCAGACACCAAAUCUGGAACCUGGUCUACUCAACCAUGUACGGCCACUAGCUGCAUUGCAUGUGAAAUAAAAGGAGCAAUGCAAGACUGUCAAGAUUGGAUGAAGGCCGGUUAUACAGAUUCCGGAAAGUACACAAUUCUAGUGAAUGGAAAGGAAACGGAAGUUUGGUGUGACAUGCAAACAUAUGGAGGAGGAUGGAUUCUUUUUCAAAAUCGACUCGACGAUAGUGAAAGCUAUUGGGACCGAAAAUGGGACGAAUACAAAAAUGGAUUCGGAGAUACUGAUGAAAAUGUGAAUUUCUGGUUGGGAAACGAGGCUUUGUAUACGUUGACAAAUAACAAACACGUGACUUUGAGAGUUGAGAUGUAUGGAGAUAGAACUCCAAACUCUAAAAAUGCAACAGACUUCUGGUUUGGUCACUAUUUCGAGUUCAAGGUAGGCCCAGAAACUCAAAACUAUCCACUUGUAAAUCUCGAAAUGGAUUGGGCGCAUCCGAUUGGAAAUGCAUCAACUGCUUGGUAUGACCUGACUUGUUCAAUUGGAUCCCCAUUCUCUACAGUUGACAAUAUCCACGACCCCGUAAAGGAAUGCGUGACGAAAUUCCAGAUGGGCGGCUGGUGGUUGAAAAAUUGUGCCCUUUCGACUCUCAACGGGGCGUAUACACCGAAAGAUUGGAAUAAUGGAUAUGGAAUGUUCUGGAUCUGGGAUGGAAGCGAUACUAUCUUGCAUCCACGAAAGACUCGCAUGUUGCUCAGAAAUACUGUUGUUUGA